CAGUAGCCAAAGGCACUGCUCAGUUCUCCAUGCCUAUCCUCUUCCAGUUCUGCCAAGGUCUCAGCUAAGGUCAACUGGAAAUGCCCUUCAGAAGCUGGAACCCCCCAAUGGUGGCCCAGGGUGUCCUCUGGAUCCUGCUCGGAUUGCUGCUGCGGCUGGAGCCAGGGACAGCAACCUUACCCCUGCUCAUGGACUCUGUCAUCCAGGCCCUGGCUGAGCUGGAGCAGAAGGUACCAGCCACCAAGGCGAGCCAUGUGGCUUCUGCGUGGCUGCUGUUAGUCCAGGACUCUGGCCCCCGUGAUCUCCUCCAUCACUUCCUGCUGGAGCGGCAAAAUCUCAAAGCCACCAAUCUGGAUCCCCACCAAGUGAGCCCAGAGCUUAGAGCCCUCACCAAGGACAUGGCCCAACAUGGUAUUCGGGACAGGCAGGAAUAUGGAGUGGUGCUGGCACCCGAUGGCUCAACAGUGGCUGUGGAGCCUCUUCUGGCAGGACUGGAGGCAGGGCUACAGGGUCGCAGGGUUGUAAACCUGCCCUUGGACAGCACAGCCACCCCUCUGGAUGCUGGAACCACCUUUCCAGACACUGGAGUCAUGGUUCCUGAUGUAAGAGCCACAUCCCUAGAACCCAGGGAUGCCCCCCCAGAUGUCACCUCUGCAGAUGUUGGAGCCACAUCUCCAAAUAUUAAAGCCACUGAUCUCGAUGUCAAACCCACCUCUACAGGUAUUAGACCUGGCUCUCCAGAUGUCCCAGUCACCUCUCCAGAUGUCCACACUUCCUUGCCAGGUGCCAAAGCCAGGUCCCCAACCACUGUGGACAGCCUCCUGGUGGUCACCCUGGCCAGAGACCUGGGUCUGUCCUUCCUCCAGGGCCCUCAGACCUGGAGCCAUGCGGGCCUGGGGACUGAGGGUUGCUGGGAUCAGCUAUCUGCCCCCCGGACCUUCACACUCUUACACUCUGGGACAUCGCCAGUCACCAUGGCCUUCCUCAAUGGGGCGCUGGAUGGAGUCCUCCUUGGAGAUUAUCUCAGCCGAACCCCUGAGCCUAGGCCACCUCUCAGCCACCUGCUGAGCGAAUACUAUGGAGCCGGGGUGGCUGGAGAUCCAGGAUUUCGCAGCAACUUCCGACGGCAGAACACAGCUGCUCUAACUUCAACCCCCACCUUGACCCAGCAGGUAUGGGGGGCCCUCAUCCUGCUACAGAGGCUGGAGCCAACACACCCUCAGCUGAGGGGCAUGAGCCAAGAACAGCUGGCAGAGGUGGCCACCAAUGCUACCAAGGAAUUCACUGAGGCCUUCCUGGGGUGCCCGGCCAUCCACCCCCGUUGCCGCUGGGGCGCCGCGCCCUAUCGGGGCAGCCCGAGGUCGCUGCAGCUGCCACUCGGGUUCCUGUACGUGCAUCACACAUACAUUCCCGCGCCACCCUGCACGGAUUUCGCGCACUGCGCCGCCGACAUGCGCUCUAUGCAGCACUUCCACCAGGAUACCCGGGGUUGGGACGACAUUGGCUACAGUUUCGUGAUAGGCUCAGACGGCUACGUGUACGAGGGCCGCGGCUGGCACUGGGUGGGCGCGCACACGCUCGGCCACAACUCUCGCGGCUUCGGCGUGGCCUUCGUGGGCAACUACACUGCGGAGCUGCCUACCGAGGCUGCGCUUCGCACCGUGCAGGACGUGCUCCCUGGCUGCGCAGUGCGCGCUGGCUUCCUGCGGCCCGACUACACGCUGCUUGGCCACCGCCAGCUCGUGCGCACUGACUGCCCCGGGGACGCGCUCUUCAACCUGCUGCGCACCUGGCCGCGCUUCGCAGCGAAUGUGAAUCCCAGAACAGCCAGGAGAGCCUCCUGGAGAUCCAAAAGGAAGCCACCUCCAAUGAUCCUGCCAGCCACAGACCCCCAAUAAAGAGACAGUGGAGGGGCACCCCGGUGGCUCAGUCGGUGAAGCAUCUGCCUUCAGCUCAGGUCAUGAUCCUAGGGUCCUGGGAUCGUGUCCUGCAUCAUCCUGCAUCAGGUUCCCUGUUCCGCAGGAAGUCCUGCUUCUCC